GUCCCGAGAGACGUCGACGAGAAAGUGCUGGAGAAAGCUGCCCGUUUCGGAGAAGUCUCAAAAUGGGCAGGCUGGGUAGCCUCGGUGGGGACUGUUUUGUUUACGCAGCCUUGGCCUGCGGACUUCUCUUCUGGGUGCCGUUCAAACUAAAUAAGAAACUCCGUGAAAUCUUCUUCGCACGAUUCGCCUUUCCCGUGGGGAUGUACCUUAUGAGAGAUCGAAUGAUUGGGGUUCGUAGGCAAACGAUUUCCCAGCUGAACGACCUGGAGUCCCACGACGACACUCUCAAGAAGGAGGGCUCCAUCAGGGUCCUGGAGAUCGGUGCCGGCUUCGGCGCCAACUUGGAGCACAUGCAGCGGAAGGUGAAGUACUGGAACCUGGACCCCAACGCGGAGUUCGGCGGAGGUUUCCGGGAAAACCUGAAGAAGAACCCGAACGUGGAAUUGGAGCGGUGGAUUCGAGCCUAUGCCGAGGAUAUGAGAGGGGUUCCCGACGGUCACUUCGACGUCGUGCUGGUCAGCUACGUGCUUUGCUCCGUGUCCGACGUGGGAAAGGUCCUCUCCGAGUGCAAAAGGGUGCUGUCGAAGGGCGGCAGGUUGGUGUUCGUCGAGCACGUGGCCCAUCCAGAAGGAAGCUGGGGCUUGGUCGUGCAAAAGCUUCUAGACCCGCUGUGGGCUUUCACUUUCUGUGGAUGUCACGUGACCAGGAGGACUGGACUCAUCUUGAAGAAUGCCGGUUUUGCGCAGGUAGAACUGAAUGAAGCGUUCUUGCCGAUAGCUACGACGCUGAGUCCCCAUGUAUACGGUUUUGCUGUUACAGACACGAAGUGAUCGGGGCUGCACGUACGCUCGAUUAAACAUAGGUUAUCUUGUA